UGCACUGCUGCCCUUUCUUUCGGCGAUCCGCCAUGUCCCGUAAACGUUUUUAAGGAUUCCAGCUUAUGCCUGGGACUUCCUAUCUCCCCCAGCAAGUACCUUAAUUGAUGGAGUUUUUGCAUUCUUCUCUGAUUCUCUCAGGCAUAUAGUGCUAGCUUCUAGGCUCUUCCAAACCAAUUUUCUUCAGCCCACCAGAAUUUCUGACCACCCAUCCCUUAGCUCUUGGAUUUAACAAACUGGACCACUGGUUCUUCUCAAGGCUAAGCUUUAGACAGCCUGCCUUCUUUUGGGGUUACUUCUUUUUCAGGUCUCCAGUGCAGGAAGCAGGAGAUCCUUUCCUCCUUCCGCCAGUGAACAGGACACCAAAGCGGAUGAUUUUUAUGAGGCAUCUCAUAACAGACAUGGGCCAGGACCAAACCAAGCAGCAGAUUGAAAAGGGUCUGCACCUUUACCAGUCCAAUCAGACAGAAAAGGCCUUGAACAUUUGGAUGAACGUGCUGGAGAAAACGUCAGAUCCUGAGGGCAAAUUCCGGGUACUGGGGUGCCUCAUCACUGCCCACUCUGAGAUGGGGAAGUACAAAGAGAUGUUGAAGUACGCCCUAGCUCAGAUCGACACAGCCCGGGAGAUGGAGGACCCAGACUACCUGACAGAAGGCUACUUGAACCUUGCACGAAGUAACGAGAAGCUGUGCGACUUCCAGAAAACCAUCUCCUACUGCAAGACCUGCCUGAACAUGCAGGGCACCACCAUCGGUCUGCAGCUGAACGGACAGGUGUGCCUGAGUAUGGGUAAUGCCUUCUGUGGCCUCAGCGUCUUCCAGAAGGCCUUGGAGAGCUACGAAAAGGCGCUCCGCUAUGCCCACAACAACGACGACAAGAUGCUGGAGUGCCGCGUCUGCUGUAGUCUGGGCCACUUCUACGUUCAGCUGAAGGAUUAUGAGAAGGCCUUGUUCUUCCCCUGCAAGGCGGCGGAGCUGGUCAAUGACUACGGCAAGGGCUGGAGUCUCAAGUACCGAGCCAUGAGCCAGUACCACAUGGCGGUGGCCUACAGGAAGCUGGACCGCCUGCCAGACUCGAUGGAGUGCUGUGAGGAAUCAAUGAAGAUUGCGCUGCAACAUAAAGAUCGUCCUCUGCAGGCGCUGUGCCUGCUCAACUUCGCAGACAUCCAUCGCUGCCGCCAGGACGUUGAGAAAGCAUUCCCGCGCUAUGAGUCGGCUAUGUGCAUCAUGACUGAAAUUGGCAACCGCCUGGGACAAGCCUCCGUAUUCUUGGGCGUGGGGAAAUGUUGGCUCCAGCGGAAUGAGCUGGACAAGGCUCUAGAAUCACUGCAGAGGGCAGAAGAGCUGGCUGAGGGGGUUGGAAAUAAGCUCUGCUCCCUGAAAGUGCACUGCCUGAACGAGAGGAUCUUCCGCAAGAAGGAGCAGCAGGACGAGCUGCGGGAGCAGGUGGUGAAGUUCCUGCAGUGUGUGGAGGAGCUGGAGCUCUACUGCGGCAUGUGUGGGGAGUCCAUCGGGGAGAAAAACCAGCAGCUCCAGGCCCUGCCAUGUUCCCAUAUCUUCCACCUCAAAUGCCUCCAGUCGAAUGGGACUAAGGGCUGUCCGAAAUGCCGCAGAUCUUCCAUGAAGCCUGGUUUUGUGUGAGGAAGCCAGCCGACUGGUAGCUGUACAGCACACGGCACCAUAGAAACCCAGCAGUGCCUCCAGGGUACCGACUACCUUUCACAAACUCCUGUUCGGGCGCAGUGGAUGCAGUUGUCAUACAGUGACGGCGGAGAAGGAAGACGUUUCCGAGUUUUGCAACUCAAGCCCCGAUUAAAGCCCACUGGUAAGAGCUUCCCUGCUGGAGGCAUAGUUACGGAUGGGAGGGCUGCAGCCAACAUUCCCUCUUCCUUCCACCAUCUCGUUUAUGGUUACUAAAAACCAUUUUGGUCUCUAUGUAUUUCUUAAGGAAAAUCAAACAAACAAACAAACAAAACAAAAGAAAAACAGAAAGUUCAUGAAUCACAAUUGAUACUUUCCUGUUUCUUUCCUGGCAAGACAGAGACGGGCCUUGGGUUGUCUUACAAGCACCGGUGCCUGUUAAGAUAUGAGAGGGAUUGGUCAGUUUGGAUGUUAUUCUUCACAAACAUCUCCACAAAACCAGAAUUUUACCACGUUUGUGAUUGGUAGGAAAAUGAAGGGUAAAUGUGGAAACCGUUUGAGUUACCCAUAUAUAAUUACUGUGACUUAAAAACAUCUCUGGGUCUAUUUUUUUUUACACAUUCAUUGACUUUUAAUAUCUGGUUAAAUGAACUGAGCAAUACAUUUUGGGCCAGUAUACACACUGCAGAACAAUUGUUUAGGGAAAUACUCUGGUCUUGGUCACAGAAAACAAUAACUGGAAUAUUCUGAGAUUUGAUCAUGCUCUCUGAAGUUGCUUGUAAAUUACUGAUGGUCAGGUUUAUUAAGCAUUUCUACAGUGUGAACUUCAGCCAUGUAAACGUCCCGAUUCUUAAGUCUCUUCAGAGUAGCUCACUGAAGUUGACGCAUUAUUAUUUCUUAUUAAUUAACUUGUGAAAUAAGCUACGGUCAACUAUCACUAAAUUUAUGUCAUGUAGUUAAAAAUAAUACAUUACCAUUUCUAGAAUUAAACUACAUUUAGUUUAUUAGUUUAUCUGGUUUAUUUUUAACGGUGUUGCCACUUUCUGAGCUUUUUGCUGGAAUAUUUUUAAGGCUUUCAGUGGAAAGUCUUAAAAAUCCCAGGAAUCAACUGUUGUUAUAUUUUGAGAAAAUAAAAUGCUGUAACGCAUCCCCUAAAAUCUUAUUCCUCACAUAUAUUAUUACCAAUCCCCCACUGCAAAAGAUGAAGUGAUGAUAAUGUGAGAUUCUGAUCAUUUUAAUAUACAAAACCACUUUCCCAUUAGCUAAAAAGGAAAUUGUACUACAUACAAAAUGAAGUGGUAUAAUUUUACUGCAACAUGUUUUGUUGUGAAUGCAUUGGUAACUGGAAAAUGAAAAAUUUGAUCAAAUAAAAAUUCCAAAUGUA